AUGAGGCUGUUCAGUAGGAAGCCGAAAGGUGGUGCCGAUGUGCGAAAAAAGUAUCUAUACUCUAACAAAGGCGCUGUGGGGAUGAAAAUAGUCUCGGAUCCUCCCUCUGAAAAAGCUGGCCUGGAUGUCAUAUUCGUUCACGGGCUAACCGGCCACCGAGAGAAAACAUGGACUCAUCAAAACAACACAUUCUGGCCCCGAGACCUCCUCGCCAAGGACUUCCCCCAAGCCCGCAUCAUGACAUACGGCUACGACAUCGAUAUAGACGAAUUUUCAGCAGCCGCUUUCUUGAAUGACCUAAACGACCUCGGCCAGGAUAUGGGUUAUUCCCUCGUCAGCCAGCGAAACGAGUGCCCAAGCAGACCUAUCUUGUUUAUUGCACACGGCGUAGGAGGCCUAGUGUGCCAACAAACAUUGAUACUCAGCAACAACAUAGACGGGCUAUGGCAAAUCUCCUCGAGCUGUAUGGGGGUAAUCUUCAUGGGCACGCCGCAUGGCGGAUCCGCGCUCGCGUUAUACGGAGAGAAACUUGCAAAAUGCAUGGAUAUAGUUCCUUCAGCAAAUUGGGAAAUUUCUGGACCUUGCGGUCUGGGCUCAGACUACUUGCAUCGCAUCGAGGAUGAUUUCGGGGCCGUGCUGCACACUGACUCUCCGCCCAAGAUCUUCUAUUUCUACGAGGUCAUAGUGAUGAAUAAUGAGGUCGGCAAGAUUGUCGAAGGGCAGGCUGCUGUUCUGCGGGAAUAUGACAAUGGCAGAAUCAAUGCGAAUCAUUUCGAUAUGGUCAAGUUCGGUGGAAAUUCCGAUGAGGGCUAUUUUAGUGUCCGGUCAGUCAUUAUGGGAUGGCUGCAAGAGCCUCACCGAGAACCUUCCGCAAACAUAUCACCCGCCGGCGAUAACGGAGGGCGGUCUACUCCGCCUUGGCUUUGGGGACUUGAAAUGCAGGUGCCCAUUACUUUUGAGGGGCCAUCAAUGCGAAAUAUGUCAUGA